AUGAAGUCAAGAUCAGCAAGACAAUGCCGUGAACGCUGGAAUAAUUAUCUUUCGCCUAACCAUGAUCAUGGACCAUGGACGAAAGAAGAAGAUGUGUUAUUGGAUGAUUUAAUCAUCAAAUACGGUUCAAAGUGGACAAAAAUUGUCCAACAUUUUCCUAAAAGGACAGCAAAUGUUGUCAGAAAUCGCUUUAAACAGCGUGCGCGGUUGAUUGCUAAAAAUAAUACUCAGAAAGAAGCAAACAAAUACCUUGCUGAAUCUGAGAAAUGCAUCGAAAGUUUAGUUUUGUUUAAUAUAAUUCAAUCUCUCCCUGAAGAUGAAUUUACAGAUCCUUUCGAUUAUGAUAAGAAUCCUUUUCAAGAUUUGUUUUCGAAGUGUUAUUAA